AUGGAAGAGUCAAGGAAUUUGGUUAUGUGCGGUCAUUGUGAUCAACUAGUGUCAAGGUCCACGAGGAACAGGCACGAAAACAAGAGAAACCAUCCACGUGCGCUUCGGAAAUCGUACCAAAAUAUUGUUGGAGAAUCAUCGAGUGACAGCACCGAUAGUGACUCCGAGAUACAACAUAACGGCGGUAAGAGCAGCUAGUUUAUUUUUUAUCAUUUUAAUGUAAAACAGUGAAAUCGCUAGCUUGCUUCAUACAUAUACAGAUGAGAUACAACGGUCUCGCUUGGAGCUUAUUUCUAUUACCUGCGUAAAAAUUUUAAGCGAGAAGAUAUAUACAUAUUGUCAUAUACAUAUAUACUGCACACCUUUAUGAAGAUACAGUAUAGUGCAUAUGUUUGCAUGAAAAAUCGGAUAAAUAUAGUAAGCAUGAAGAACUGUUGAAGUAAACUAGAAUGAUUCAUCAGUGGUUUGCUAUACAAAGCAAUUAGAAAUAUUAAAUUAAAAGGGUGCAAGGCACAAGAAGCAGAAAUAUAUUAAUAUACGCCACAGUAUAAUAUAAUAUAAUAUAAGAAUAAUUAUAAUAUAAGUGGGAUAUAACAGGCAAUUUGAUUGGCUAAUGCGCGUGCAUUGUGACGCAAUAAUGCACUGUGGUCUGUGGCACUGCUUUGCUCUUUCUGUGUUUUCCCCCGCUUCAUCUCUGCUUUUUAGCCAAAAUAUAUAAACAACAUUAUAGAGCUUUUAAAAUACCAAAUUUAUCACAAAGUAAAAAGGAAUAGACGGAAGGAACAAAGCAAUUUUUCUAGUUCUACGUGUAAAAUUAACCGGCUUGGCAUUCGUCGAAUUUGUUGCUGUCUCGACAAGUUUUUUAAAAUUCAAGCGACGGUGAAAGUAUGCGCGCGACGUCACUGAGUACAUGUUAGGAGAAUUUCAAUGUCGAUCUUUUGAGUAAAAUUGUUCACUACAUAGUAUCUUCUAAUUAUAUUAUAAAAGGAAUAGAACAACUCGUCUCGUGCGUUUAUGGUUAUCACACCAGAAACGCACGCGACUCGUUUUCUAUUUCUUAAAUAAUACUGAAAUUUUGCACAUAAUUUUUUACUAAAUGUCAGUCUUCACUUUCAGCAGACUCUCAAUACAGCAAUUCUAACCAGAAUACAGCUUCAGAGCCACAGGGUGGAAAUGAUGACUUGAUGGUAAGAGCCAAGUACCCUACAGCAAAUCACCAGAGAUACUAAAGUAAUUUAUAAUAUAACAUUGAUCGUACAUGCACGCGAGCGUUGAUUGGUCAAGAACCGUGUUUUCAUAAGCAUAUAGAAACACGCGGAAAAAUUUCCUGCCCUAGAGCUUCGAAAUUAAAACGUUCACUCAAUCAUUAUUUCUCGUUCUCCCAAACAAAGAGUAGGUAAUAUUAACAUUGAAAGUAAUAUAUCGUAAUAUUGUAUUAUAACAGAAGAUACGUACUGUAUUACAGAUAAAAUUAUGGAUUUCUAUGGCAACGCAAUUCAAAUUGCUCGUGUUCCCUUUUAAUAUUAAUUUAGCUAAAAUUACAUUAUAUGUAACAUUUGGUAUAGGAAUCCGACGGGGCAAGCUCUGUUGGCGAGAACACACUAAACGAUCCAAACGACUGUGAUAUGUAUCCGUCAGAAGCCAGUACAUUGAGUGAUUCAUCAACUGACGAAGAAAGUGCAGGUGACGAAGUUUGGAAUGAUCUUCUUAUUGACGAUCUAAUAAAAGAUAUUGAAAACCCACCACCUCUGCCUAUCAAAGAAAAAAAUAAAGACACAGUACAUUCACUUCUAUUUUGGUUAUUAUAUUUUCUCUUAAUAUGGCAAACAUCAUGUCAUAUUAGUGAAAAUGGAAUGGCAUGGCUUCUAAAAUUCUUGUCAAGUUGGUUUAAAUUGCUUGGCGUAAUAGUGCCAUCUGAUAUCUUAGCCCAGAUUGUGACAGCAUUUCCUGGAACAUUGUACAUGCUCAGGCAGUUUUUUCAUUUUGAUCGGGAUAACUUUGACAAGUUUGUCGUCUGUUCAAAACGCCACAGCCUUUAUGAAUAUAACAAAUGCUUGAAAACUGUCAAUAACCGAAAAGUUGGAAAAAAAUGUUGCGGUGUGCGACAUUCCAAAGGGAAAAAAAAAACAAUGCGGUGAGGAACUUGUUUACAAAGUUCAGCUAAAUAAUGGCGAAAAUUGUUUUUACCCAAUCCAUUACUAUUGUUCCAAUAGCAUCAUUAACUCAUUGGAAAAACUGUUAGGGAAAAAAGGAUUUGCCGAGAAAUGCGAGCACUGGAGAAGUAGGAAUACUCCUGAUGGCAAGAUGGCAGAUGUUUAUGAUGGCAACAUUUGGAAGGAGUUCUUGACGUAUGAUGGAAAAGAUUUUCGCAAAGCAUACCGGAACUAUGGACUCACGCUUAAUUUUGAUUUUUUCCAGCCAUUGAAAAGAAGGAACGAUUAUUCUGUAGGAGUUUUUUAUCUUGUGCUUCUAAACUUACCAAGGGCAGAAAGAUUCAAGUGGGAGAACGUGAUUAUUAUCGGUAUUGUACCUUCACUCGGUAAGGAACCUAAAAACCUGAAUCCGUUCUUGAAACCCGCCAUCAAAGAAUUACAAUGUCUGUGGAAAGGCAUCAAAUUAAGUUCUACCCUUAGCCGGUUUCCAUUGACGUUCAGAGCAGCUAUUUUGGCGGUUUCUUGCGACGUGCCUGCCGCUAGAAAGUUGGGUGGUUUUAAAAGCCAUUCAGGUUACAAAGGUUGCUCUCGAUGUCUCAAGUCAUUUCCUGGCGGUUUUGGGCAACGUAAAGAUUACUCCGGAUUUGAUAAAGGGAUGUGGGAACCAAGAACAAAUAGUAAGCACAGACGGGUAGCAAAAAAGAUUGCAGGAAUAAAGACACAGGCCGAACGAGAUAAAUUCUGUCGAGAUAAUGGUAUCACACAUUACAGCGUUCUUCUUGACUUGGAGUAUUUUGAUGCCAUAAGAUUUUUUACCAUUGAUCCAAUGCAUAACCUGUUUCUAGGAACUGCAAAAGCAAUGUUCAAGAUAUGGACUAAUAACCGAAUGUCGAGCAAAGAUCUAGAAAAGAUAGAGGAUCGAAUUAAGACAAUAGAAAUUCCAAGUGACUUAGGUCGUCUACCUGCAAAUAUUUCUUCAAACCAUGGAUCGUACACUGCAGAACAAUGGAAAAACUGGACACUCCUAUAUUCACUAGUUUGUUUAAAAGAAAUUCUACCUGAUAAUGAAUAUAAAUGUUGGCAGACCUUUGUUCUUGCAUGCAAGUACAUCUGCCAAGGUAUUAUCUCUGAAACGGAUUUACACAUUGCUGAUGGACUUUUUGUUAAGUUUUGUAGAGAAGUCGAAACCAUAUAUGGAAAAGAAUGUAUAAAACCAAAUAUGCACCUUCACUACCAUCUGAAGGAAAUACUUAUUGAUCAUGGACCAGUUGCGAGCUUCUGGUGUUUUUCCUUCGAAAGAUUUAAUGGCAUUCUUGGAAGUAAUCCAACAAACAAGAGAUCAGUUGAAUUGCAACUCAUGCGAAGAUUUCAAAUCUCGCGUUUCAUUGAUCAAAAUGCACUACCAACCUCUUAUAAAUAUGAACCUUUUUCUCUGUGUGCCUUAAACAAUAAUGAUGUUAGCCAUGAAUGGCUGGAGAAUUUUUCAUGGACUGAGAGAUACGUUUUCCACAACUUGGCGGUAUUAUCACCACUUCCAACUGGGAGCGUUUGGAGAAAUGAUUGUGGUGUUUUCUGUCCGUCAAACCACAAACUUUCGUAUUUAGACUCAGAUGAUGCAACGCUGCUCUUAACAGUAUACAGUAUAAUGCAUCCGGAUAUUUCAUUCACGUUAAACGACAUGAGUCAACUUAUUCAGAAGUUUGGUCGCAUUACCUUUGGAACCACAACAUUUGGUUCAAAGAUGGAAACUAGAUCAGUUCGAUCUUCGAGAAUUCUCGCAUCUUGGCAUUCCAAAGAUGGAACAAUUAACGUGGAAACGUUUUCUCUUACCCUCGGUAUAGUGAGAUAUUUUUUCAAGCAUGUUGUGAAUUUAAAAGAAUUUUCCAUAGUUCACACAUUUGCAUGUGUGAGGUGGUGCAAAGCAGACGAGAAUUUUAAUGAAAUUGGCAAUCCUGUACAAGUAUGGUCAGCAGAAUAUGACGAAGGUGGACCGUCGUGUUUUAUGCCAGUGCAAAGAAUCUACUCUCGGUAUGAAAGUGCAAAACUUUUACCACGUGAUAGUAAUAGAAUUGCUACGUCGCCAAUACUUCGAAAAGUAUUCUUGUAG